AUGGUCACACAAAUGAGUCCCGAUGAUCUAGCCUGGGAACAAGCGGAGGAAACUGCCGACAAAUGGCUGGAGCAAUUUCUAGACGUUGAUUUCCUGCGACCGAUUGCGGAUUUUAUGCUGGAACACAACAGAGGCAUUGCAACUGAGUUUGCUAUACUUAGAAAGGGGUCUUACAAUAUUUCCCUGCGACUAAAGUACCGGAAUGGAGCUACCGUCAUUCGGUUGUCACAGCCUGGUGCCGCCCUUUUUCCAGAGGAGAAAGUUGAGAAUGAGGUCGCUGUGAUGCGAUAUAUCGCGGACCAGACAUCGAUACCUAUUCCGUUCAUCCAUCACUCCGACACAAAGAAGGAGAGUCCGCUUGAGCUCAGCCCGUUUAUCAUUAUGGAUUACAUCGAGCAUGAAACCAAGAUGUACGACGCUCUUAACAUACCGGGAUGCCCGAAAGAACAACGAGGGAUUCUAGACCCGGAAAUCGCCGAAGAUAAGCUGGACAUGCUAUAUGGCCAGAUGGCGGAUGCUCUACUUCGACUGUCUGUUCCCUCUUUACCGCGCAUCGGAUCCCUCAGCCAAAUUAAUAAUUUCACCUGGGAAGUAAAGGGACGCCCGUUGUCCAUGAAUAUGAACGAGCUCGUUCGUAUAGGGGGUCUUCCACGAUCGCAACUACCCGACAGGUCGACCACAUUCGACACAUCAUCAUCAUACAUCCAGACACUCGCAGACCUACACAUGCAACAUUUAGUCCACCAAAGAAACGACUCCGUCGAGUCCGCAGACGACUGUCGACGAAAGUACGUCGCGAGACAGCUUUUCCGUAACCUCGCCCGAGAAAAGCGACUCACCAACCCAUCACUCGAAAAGGGCCCGUUCAAAAUCUGGUGCGACGAUUUCAGACCCGCAAACGUGCUUCUGAACGAAAAGAUGGAAAUCGCAGGCGUGGUUGACUGGGAGUUCACAUAUGCGGCACCUGUUGAGUUCUCCCAUGCGCCGCCGUGGUGGCUUCUUAUCGAGAAGCCCGAGCUUUGGCCAAACGGUCCUGAGGACUGGACGAGACAGUUUGAUAUUCGCCUGAAGACGUUCCUUAACGCAAUGAAGAACCGCGAAGAUGAAGCGAUUCAACAAGGUCAGAUACGCGAAGAUCAGCGACUCUCCGGUCCUAUGCAGAAGAGCUGGGAGAGUGGGGAUUUCUGGGUUGUGUACACAGCUUUGCAUAGCUUUGCCUUCGAUAUGAUCUAUUGGGAGAAGAUCGAUCGGCGAUUUUUUGGACCUACCUCGAAUAUCGAAGAAGCGUGGAAAGAACGGUUGAGUCUGUUGGAUGAGGGAGAAAAGGACGAAAUGGAGCUGUUAGUAGCUCGCAAACUGGAGGAGAUGCAAACUAGGUUUCUGUCGUGGGAUCCAGAUGAGUACACUUUGGCUUUUCGCCAGCAGUUAUAA